UACAAAGCAACGCGAGUAGUGUCAUUUUAGGAAUAAUUGCGUUUUCUCAAAGAAAUUUAUCUCAAUUUUAAACAAAAUAUAAUACCACCCCGAUGUGAUAAAUAGUUACGUUAAUGUGCAGCUGUGUUGUGAUGAAUCUUACAAGUGAGAGAGUUAUUUUUGCUCUGAAUGAACAAUUAAAGUGAUUUCAAAAUGGCAAAAAAAUCUGAUAAUACAGGGGGAAAAUUAGUAACAGUUUCUGUUGUUGGACUGUCUGGCACAGAAAAAGAAAAGGGCCAACUUGGAAUCGGCAAGUCUUGUCUCUGCAACAGAUUUGUUCGUACUGACGCAGAUGAUUACAACGUGGAUCAUAUAUCUGUGUUAAGUCAGUCCGACUUCAGCGGUCGAGUGGUGAACAAUGAUCACUUCUUGUACUGGGGCGGGGUUCAGAAGGAGAAUGAUGAACAGGAAUAUCGCUUUGAGGUGCUCGAACAGACGGAGUUCGUUGAUGAUGCGUGCUUCCAGCCAUUUAAAGCCGUGGGUAAGACGGAGACAUACGUGAAACGGUGCGUGGCCACCAAACUGCAAUCAGCGGAGAAACUCAUGUACGUGUGCAAGAAUCAGUUAGGCAUUGAGAAGGAGUACGAGCAGAGGCUGAUGCCUGAUGGAAAACUCUCCGUGGACGGGUUCCUGUGCGUGUACGAUGUUAGCCUCGUGCCAGGGAGGACUUGGGAAAAACAGAACGAAAUAACAGCGGCCAUCCUGCAGAACAUAAUCAAGCUCAAGAAGCCGGUCGUUCUGGUCACGUCCAAGAACGACGAGGCCUGCGAGCAAGGGGUCCGCGAAGCUGAGAGGCUCGUCCAGAGGAAGGAGUUCAAAGGCUCUAUACCCAUCGUGGAGACCUCCAGCCAUGAUAAUGUGAAUGUAGACCAGGCUUUCUUCUUGCUUGCACAGAUGAUUGACAAGUCGAAGGCUAGGAUUAAGGUUGCAAAUUACGCCGAAGCCUUGAGGAUAAGGAGGGAACACCUGGACUUUGUAACGGAAGCUUUCACGCAACUCAUCAGGAUACAUGUGCAGGAUCAUAAGGAAAUGUGGUCAGCUGCAAGUAAGAGACUGUGUCAUUAUCCUGAAUGGACCAAAUUUGUACAGCAAUUUGGAAAUGAUGGUACUCAGGUUGUCUUCCGUCGGCAUAUACGCCGUUUGAAAGAGGAGAGAUCGGCGAAGAAGCUUCGCAAGCAAUUGGCCAAAUUGCCUCAAGUUUUGUCGAGGAUGCAGCUAUCCACCGAGGACUUGCAAGAGAACGAAUGGGGCGCCAUAGUGCGGCAGAUCCGCACGCACCGCGACUUCACCGUGUACUUCAGCGAGGGGCUCCGCCACGACUCCGCCUCGCCCUCCGCCUCCGACGCGGACAGCCCGCUGCCGGCCGACACCACGCUGCGGGUGGGCGAGCGCGCCCGCUAUCAGACAUUGGGACAGUCCCAAAAAAUCCCUUACGAGAUACUCGACACCAACGAAGCGGCGUCCGUCUUCAAAGCGUACCUGCACGAAGCGCAAGAGAAACAAAGGAAUUUGGAAUGGUGUCAACAAUUCAAGAGGCUACUAGAGGAGACCGGUUACGUGACGCCGGGUAAGCAACUGUCGGAGGUGCGCGUAUUGUUGAUGGGCCGAGAGUGCUACGAGGCGUUGUCCGAGGAGCAGCAGCAGAGGGUGUACGAUGAGCAUCAGAGGGAGAUACAAAGGAGGGCGAAGCACAAUUUUCAGGAGCUAUUACUGGAGCAUGCAGACCUGUUCUAUCACUUCAAGAGAAUAUCACCAACGGGGACCAUCACACAAGAGGACAUUAAGGAAAUCACUGAUGUACUACAAGAUGAUUUUAGAUACAAAAUGCUGGACCGCAUGGAGCAGGACAGGAAGCUGAUGCUGUUCCAGCACCUCGGCUUCGUGCACUGCCCCAUGCGGGAGCACUGCCCGGCCGGAGCCAACUGCUUGGAUGCCACUCUACCCGUUAUACUGAAUACUCGAGUUGGAUCGUUGACAUCAACUGGCGAGUCGCAAUGCCAGGCGGGCCCGCCGGCCGCGCCUUGGGCUCUCACUACAGACUCCAACCAGAUUAAUGUCAUCAUAUUGGGGGUGGAUGAGAUAGCGUCGGAGUUCGGCAAGCGUCUCAUAGCCGGGUGCGACGGCGACAAGCGCGUGAGCGUCGGCGGCGUGACGUGGCGCCUCGACCAGCGGCGGCACACCGACCUGCUGAGGGAUUAUGCACCUAACGGUUAUUUCUGUGUAUAUCAAGAUCAAGAAUCAUUCGAAUUCAUAAGAAAUUGCGCUGAAAAAACUCUGCUGUCGAGCUUAGAGCAAGAAGAUAAGUUACCCUUUCAGGGCUUACCGUUGGUGGUUAUAUUCGUACAAGACGACGGUAUGGAUAAAAAGGAAGUGGCUCGUUUGCAAGAGGAGGGGCAGAAUCUUGCCGAUAACCUGCACUGCUCGUACAUGGAGGCGUCGGUGGGCGAGCUCGGCACGGAGGCGCUGACGGCGGACGCGGCGCAGGAGCUCGUGCGCGCCAACCGCGACAAGGCGAGCUACGCGCACCUCUACCGGGACCUCAUCGUCUGUUUCGACGCCGACAUACGGAUAAUGGUGUGCAUGUUCUGCGACGACCCGUACUCACCGGAGCGCGUGCUGAGCCCGCUGCUGCUGCACCGCGCCUGCUUCCUCACCGGCGACCGCUCCAUCGUCAUCGAGACGUUUCUGGGUGACUCCAAGCGGAAGGUCGAGGUUAUAAUAUCUAGCUUCCACGGCGCCAGUCAAUUCAGAGAAGAGUUGAUACACGGCUUCAUUCUCAUCUACUCUGCUAAGAGGAAAGCCAGCUUGGCCACUUUGAACGCGUUUUCCAUGAACAUCCCAAAUUUGCCGAUACAAAUGGUGGCGGUGACGGAUGGCGGCGGGUCAGCGGCCACCACAUUCUUUGGUACCGAUUUAGGUCACGCCCUAAUCACGGACGGGAACGCUACCGCCGAUCGGCUCGCCGCUCACUUCACCACAUAUACAUAUAGCAAUACAGCUGAAACUAAAGCGGCGGCGGCGGCGUUCUACACGCCGUUCUUCAAGGAGGUGUGGGAGCGCAAGGGCGAGAUCGAGCGCGCCUUCCGCAUGGAGCGGGCGGGCGGCGCGGGCGGCGCGGGCGGAGCGGGCGGCGCGCGCCACAACCUGCCCGACGUCGCCGCCGCGCGCCCCGCGCCGCACGCGCACCGCCUCGACGCCAUGGAGCACAAACUCACGAAUUCGUUGGAUCUACUGAUCGGACCCGACUCGCGCGCUGACAUGGAGUCAGAAUACAGCGACACUCUUAAUAACUCGAAGAACAGAAGUUUUCUUAAAGGUUUCAGCGUUUACCCGCCGCCGAGCACGCCGCCGGAGCCCGCGCCGCCCGACCACAGGAUGCACGCGGAUCUGUCGCCGGACCUCAACUGUUCGGAGGACUCCCUCAGCACGCACGAGUCAGAUGGCGGCGGUCUCUGGCAGCCGGCUGGCUACGGGCCGCGCGCCUUCACGACGGGCCGCGCGCGCCCGCACCCGCCGCCGCAUCGCCCGAGACACUCGCAGACUUUGAAGCAACCGGGCAAACUGGACAUGAACAACUAUACUAUGGUAAGCGAUGCACUGCAACACAUCACCAUCGGACCAGCUCAUUCCAGAGAUAGGAAGUCGUACGGGCCUUCCGGUGGCCACCACCACCCGUCGGGCGUCAGCUCCGAGACGGAACUCGACGCGCAGUACGCACAGAUAAAGGAGACAAACGAAUUCAUGGAGGCGCCAUCUAUGACCAGACUGAGGAGGCACAGGAGACACGAAAAGACACCCAUGCAUCAGCCAUCGUUCUCGGAAACGGACAGCUCCGGCUCGAGCGAGGCGUCGGGCGGCGUGGCCCGCGUGCACGCGCGCCGCCGCCACAACGCGCACCACGCGCCCCGCCAUUAUAAGAAACGAUCGUUAGGUAACCUAGUAGCUGUACAAAGUCCCCGGGUCCCAAAGUUGGGAAUGUUCGUGGGCCCGCCUGAACUGCCCACUGGCUAUAGGGCCAGGACGCAAGAGGAUAAAGGUACC